AUGACGCCGCCGCUGCCGGCGCGGCUGCUGCACGCGCGCGGCAAGACCACCGCGGCGCAGCACGUGGCGGCGCGGCACCUCGACCACACCUUCGAGAAGCUAGUAUCCUCCAGCCUCCCGCUCAUAGCGGCGACCCCUCUCCUCGACGCGCUCCGGGCCUCGCCGGAGCCGCUCGCGCUCCCGGACCUGGCCGGCCGCCUCCCGCUCCGCCUCCACCGCCGCGGGCCGCUCCACUUCCUCCGCCUCUUCCCGCGCGUCUUCGACCUCCGCCCGCCGCUCCCGCUCUCCCUCUCGCUCACCCCGCCCGCCGCUUCCCUCCUCGCCGUCGCCUCCACCCCGUCCACCGCCGCGCGGACGCUGCACCGCCUCCUCGCCAUGUGCCCCUCCCGCUCCGUCCCUCUCCGCGCCGUCUUCCGCGUCUGGCGCGAGCUCGCCCUCCCGGACGACUUCGAGGACUCCGUGCUCGCGCGGCACCCCCACCUCUUCCGCCUCGGCCCCAACCCCGCCGAGCCCACAGCCCACCUUCUGCACCUCGUCGCGGACCCCUCGAAUUUCUCCCCGGCGGCGGACGACAGCUCCCGGCCGGACAAGCACGCCUUCAGGCUGCAGUUCCCGCCAGGGUUCAGGCUCACCAAGGAGCACCGGAAGAAGAUCAACGACUUCCAGCUGCUGCCAUACGCCGGUCCAUAUGAACCAACCGACCACAAGCCUGUCGGCGCCAAGCGGAAGGUGUCUAAGAUGGCCAGGAGGAAGAUGGAGAAGAGGGCGGUGGGGAUCGCGCACGAGUUCCUCAGCCUCACCGUCGAGAAGAUGGUGGAGGUCGAGAAGUUCAGCCAGUUCCGCAAGUGCUUCGGCAUCGACGUGAAUGUCAGGGACGUGUUCUUGGAUCACCCGGGGAUAUUUUACCUCUCGGCAAAGGGGAAACGGCACACCGUGUUCCUGCGGGAAGCGUAUGACCGCGGCAAGCUUGUUGAGCCGAAUGAUGUUUCGGAGGCGCGGAGAAAGCUUGUUGAGCUCAUGCUCCUGCGUCGCCGUGGGCUUGGGAAUGCCAAUUCUAAUGCCAACAUGUCUGCUUCAAGUGCCAAUGCCCAAGAGAACUUUCAUGAUGAUUUGCAGGAACUAGAGGUUUUAUAGUCUGAUGUAUUCGAGAAAGCUAGAGCAACUAGGUUCUAGUGGAAUUCAUGGAUAUCUACCAUAACCUGUUUAAACUUGCUUGCCCAAACCUGGAUGGCAAAUACAUUGAUGGUGCAGUUCAUUUAUCCACAUGGUGAUGAAGAUGGGAGUUUCUCCAGGGAUCAUAUGCUCACUGUAUUCCAUGGUCAAUUGGCAUAAUAUGCUAGAGCCAAAAUGUACUCACAACUUACAGUCUCAGGUAGCAUCUCUCCGAGCUAGGCUUGUUGGAAGGUGAAGCUUAAGUUUAGUAGCACUUAAUUGACUGGUGAUAUAUCUUCCUGGUUGCAAGCUUGUUGAGCCGAAUAAUGUUACAGAGGCACAAAGAAAGCUUGUUGAGCGAAUAAUGUUACAGAGGCACAAAGAAAGCUUGUUGAGCUCAUGCUCCUUUGUUGCCAUGGGCUUGGGAAUGCCAAUUCUAAUGCCAACAUGUCUUCAAGUGCCAAUGCCAAAGAGAGUAAUGAUGAUUUGCAGGAACUAGAGGUUUGAUGUAUCCAAGAAGCUGGAAUUCAUGGAUAUUUACCACAACCUGUUUAAACUUGCUUGGCAAAACCUGGAUGGCAAAUACAUUGAUGGUGCAGUUCUUUUAUCCAAAUGUUAAUUGAGGUUGGAGCUUUUCCAGGGAUGAUAUGCUCACUGUAUGCUUUUGUCAAAUGGCAUAAUAUGCUAGAGCUGAAGUGUACUCACAACUUACAGUCUCAGGUAGCAUCUCUCUGAGCUAGGAUUGUUGGCAGGUCAAGAUUAAGUUCAGUAGCACUUAAUUGACUGGAAAUACAUCUUGUUGCAAGCUUGUUGAGCCGAAUAAUGUUUCAGAGGCACGAAGAAAUCUUGUUGAGAUCAUGCUCCUUUGUUGCCAUGGGCUUGGGAAUGCCAAUUCUAAUGUCAGUAUGUCAUCAAGUGCCGAUGCCAAAGAGAGUAAUGAUGAUUUGCAGGAGCUAGGGGUUUGAUAAUUUGUUUGUUGUAUCCGACAAGCUGGGGCACUGGAGCAACAAUAUGUGGAUCAUGAAUAUUCCUCUAUGAGAACCUGUUCAACAGGUGCUUUGGCCCAACCUAGAUGGUAAAUACAUUAAUGGUGCAGUUCAUUUCCGCAUGGUAAUAAAGAUGGAAGUUUUAUAGGGACGAUAUGCUCCCUGUAUGCCUUGGUCAGUUGGCAUAAUAUGCUAGAGUUAGUGUACUCACAAAUCACUAUCAGGUUUACAGUAUUAUACUAUUAUGUAAGAAGGACCUUGACUCUUGUAUGAAGUGUCAUAGAUCACGAGGUUUCUCUGGAGAUGGUCUUAACUGUACCCGAUUUACAGAGCCUAAUGAAUGAGUUUGUCAUUGUUAUUACCAGUUCUGAACUGAUGGAUCUCAACAGGAAGUGAAUCAUUACAUCUCUGGUUCUUUAAGGAGAUCAUCAGGGGGCCUACGGACAAAAUGCAGCAAUUCCUGGAGAAGUGAAACCUGUAGUUUUGUACAAUUAGCCAGUUUUCAUUGUCAGUCACUUGCUCUACAAGUUCAUUGUCUACAAUUCAGCUUCUGAAUUCGGACUGUGGCCAAGCUACUGCAACUGAAGUUUAAUGUCUGUGUGUGACCCUAUUACGUGCUAAGAUCACCAGUCUAUAACAACAGAUCUCUUGGUGGCUCAAGGUUAAUUCAACAUGAAGGGAGUCAAUUCUGUACAAGAAGCAAAUACUGAGAAGUCUGCUCAACUUAAACUAUAUAUAUAUAGUAUGUUCAUGUUUAUCCUACACAUUUCUGCUACUUUUAUCUCAGACUACUGCGAAGUUAGAAGGGAGUGUGGAUGUUCAGAAGUGAAACUCUAGACUACAGCAGCCUCCUGAAGACCUUCUCACUCCUGGUCUCCAGCCCAUUGAUGCAUUCCUCUAACUUCUGCUACCUCUCCAAUGUCCCCAUCGCUGUCGACGGCCUUUACUGCCAGGAAUGGGUCCUUGUUGCUUUCCCGUAGUGAUAUGUAUAUGAAAUUUUGAAGCAUCAUUUUCUCAAAAAAAUUGAAGUAUCAAGAAUGUACCUAGUUAUGUUAUAUCCCCAUUUAACUUGUUCGAAGGGUUACUGUGGUUGUUAAUAGGCUUUCUCUUGCAUUCUUAUUUGUAGAAGGGCAUGGCACCUUACUUUGGUUGCAUAGCUGGCCGAGUUGCAAAUAGAAUCAAGAAUGGGAAGUUUGGUCUGGAUGGAUUUGAUUAUCCGUUGCCCAUCAACAAUGGACCGAACAGCCUUCAUGUUGGAUUAAAGGGGUUUGACAAAGUUGUGUGGGAUGCUGUCGAUCGUAAAGAUGGCUAGUGCCCAUCAAUCACCUUUCAGUAUGACAGCAAAGAUGGUGAAGAAG